GCCCCUUCCGGCCGCCCGCCCCGCCGGAGGAGCCGCCGGAGGGGCCGCGGGCGCCAGGCCCGGGACGGGCCAGGCCGGAGAGAGCGGGGCCGCAGGUUUGGAAGCUCUGGCCAUGGAUCAGAAGGGCUAUCGUCGGGAGAGCUUCCAGAGCGCCACCAGCGAUGAAGAUAUGCUGGAAAUAGCUGGAGCAUCCAUGGAUUUCUCCAUGGCAGACGAUGACCCGCCACUGGACAGGGAGAUGGGAGGCUUUUCUUCCUAUAAUGGAGGAGGGAUGAACGGCACAAGCACCAUGAUGGAUUUCCUGGAGGAGCCUCUUCCUGGUGUGGGCACYUACGAAGAUUUUAACACGAUAGACUGGGUGCGAGAGAAGUCCAGGGACCGGGACAGACACAGGGAGAUCACCAACAGAAGCAAGGAGUCCACCUGGGCMCUGCUGCACAGUGUGAGUGAUGCCUUUUCUGGCUGGUUGCUGAUGCUCCUCAUUGGGCUGCUGGCAGGAUCCUUGGCAGGUCUGAUUGACAUCUCUGCCCACUGGAUGACAGAUCUGAAGGAAGGGGUGUGUUUGGCAGGGUUCUGGUUCAACCACGAGCACUGCUGCUGGAAGUCCAACACCACCUUCACCGACAGGGACAAGUGUCCUGAGUGGAAGAGCUGGUCCCAGCUGAUCCUCGGCCAUGGAGAGGGGGCGUUUGCAUAUAUCCUCAACUACUUCAUGUACGUUAUCUGGGCCUUGAUGUUCUCCCUCCUUGCUGUGCUCCUUGUGAAGGGCUUUGCUCCCUAUGCCUGUGGCUCAGGGAUCCCAGAGAUCAAAACUAUCUUAAGUGGUUUCAUCAUUAGAGGCUACCUGGGCAAGUGGACGCUGGUCAUCAAAACCAUCACCCUCGUGCUGGCCGUGUCCUCGGGGCUGAGCCUGGGCAAGGAGGGGCCCCUGGUCCACGUCGCCUGCUGCUGUGGGAACAUCCUGUGCCACCUCUUCACCAAGUACCGCAAGAAUGAGGCCAAGCGCAGGGAGGUGCUGUCAGCAGCUGCUGCUGCCGGUGUGUCCGUGGCUUUCGGAGCUCCCAUUGGAGGAGUCCUCUUCAGCCUGGAGGAGGUGAGUUACUACUUCCCUCUGAAGACCCUCUGGCGCUCCUUCUUCGCCGCGCUGGUCGCUGCCUUCACCCUGCGCUCCAUCAACCCCUUCGGCAACAGCCGCCUCGUGCUCUUCUACGUAGAGUUUCACAUGCCUUGGCAUCUGCUGGAGCUGGUGCCCUUCAUCCUGCUGGGAAUAUUCGGGGGACUCUGGGGAGCUUUCUUCAUCCGCAGCAACAUUGCCUGGUGCAGGCGGCGCAAGACAACGCGGCUGGGCAAGUACCCGGUGCUGGAGGUGAUCGUGGUGACAGCCAUCACAGCCGUCCUGGCCUUCCCCAACGAGUACACCAGGAUGAGCACCAGCGAGCUCAUCUCGGAGCUCUUCAACGACUGCGGCAUUUUGGACUCGUCCAAGCUCUGCGAGUACGUGAAUGAUUUCAACAGCACCAAGGGGGAUGACCUGCCCGACCGCGCCGCUGGCCCCGGAGUCUACACGGCCAUGUGGCAGCUGGCWUUGGCCCUCAUCAUGAAGGUCUUCAUCACCAUCUUCACCUUUGGCAUGAAGGUGCCCUCGGGGCUCUUCAUCCCCAGCAUGGCCGUCGGGGCCAUCGCGGGCCGGCUGCUCGGUGUGGCCGUGGAGCAGUUGGCCUUCUACCACCACGACUGGGCCAUCUUCUCUGGUUGGUGCAGCCAGGGGGCCGAUUGCAUCACGCCAGGCCUCUAUGCCAUGGUGGGCGCUGCUGCCUGUCUGGGGGGGGUGACSCGCAUGACUGUGUCGCUGGUGGUCAUCAUGUUCGAGCUCACCGGGGGGCUGGAGUACAUCGUGCCCCUGAUGGCAGCGGCCAUGACCAGCAAGUGGGUGGCCGAUGCCAUCGGCCGGGAGGGCAUUUACGACGCCCACAUCCGCCUGAACGGSUACCCGUUCCUGGAAGCCAAGGAGGAGUUCUCGCACAAGACACGGGCCAUGGAUGUGAUGCGACCGCGCAAGAAUGACCCUCCCCUGACAGUCAUUACGCAGGACAGCAUGACCGUGGAGGACGUGGAGACCAUCAUCACCAAAACCACCUACAGUGGCUACCCCGUGGUGGUCUCCCGGGCGUCCCAGCGCCUGGUUGGGUUUGUCCUCAGGAGAGACCUCAUCAUUUCAAUCGAAAAUGCCCGGAAGAAGCAGGACGGGAUCGUGAGCACCUCAGUUAUUUGUUUCACUGACUACUGUCCCCCGCUGCCUCCGAGCUCGCCGUCUGUGCUGAAACUCAGGAGCAUCCUGGACCUCAGUCCCUUCACAGUGACGGACGAAACGCCCAUGGAGAUUGUUGUGGACAUAUUCCGCAAGCUGGGACUGCGCCAGUGCCUGGUCACUCACAAUGGGAAGCUGCUGGGGAUCAUUACCAAAAAGGAUGUACUAAAGCACAUUGCACAGAUGGCCAACCAGGACCCCAAUUCCAUCCUCUUCAACUAGAGGCAGACUGUAGGGACUAUGUGUCCCACACACCUGGAAUUUUCUAACCCAUCCUGGAUAGACUUUCCUAUUUUUAUUGAGACCAUGGAAAUGUUUCCAGUGUUUUCCUCCAUGGAGCUGAAGAAGGUAUUGUUUUUUUUCUACCAGAUAACCAAUUGCACUACGGAAUCUGUGGAACAUGAUCUUCUUUUUAGAAGAGAAAAAAGACUUUAUUUACRUUGCUUUUGUGAAGUUGCAUUGGAAAGAUUCCAUGAAGGAGUAAAAGCAAAAUGUUAGAGAAUUGUAUUUCCUCCUGUUCUUUUGUUGGAACUGCUGUUAUGAACCUGGGGAGGAAAAGCCAAGGUGUUUGUGCUCUUCAGAGGUGUGGAAGGAGCAGGAUGGUUUUGCACACAGCGUUCAGGUGGUGGCAGAGGGUGAGCUGAGCUCAGGAUGGUCAAUUCCCAGUUGGCCCCUUGGGAAAAAUCACAACCUUGUGAAGCCAAAAUAGGGGAGAGAAAAAUAACAUUUGGCUGGCUGAGGCUGCCCGGCUGAAAGAAGGAAAAAAGCCCAAAACCCAAACCAACCCCCACAGCUCAGAUCUCUUUAAAAUUUGGCCCAGUUUCUGACUGGGAAGAUGCUGGUUUUGAUUAAUUAGUUAAUGUAUUAAUUACUCUGCUGCUGCAUUGUCAGAAGAACCCCAAGGAGGAGGCAGCAAGAGUUCACAGGUGUCUUCCCAUCCUGCUCCCUUUCUUAGAUUCAUGCCCAAGGAUUUCUUCUCCUUGAUUUCCCUUGAGCAUGACACUUAAAAUCCCAGAAUUGUACCUUCCUGCCCAUCCCCAAAACCCUGAAAUGGUGUUUGACCCAGCACAGGUGGCCUCCUCCUCUUGCUGUCCCCCUGGAGAGCCUGUGCCUGGGACAUUGACACGAUGGUGUUCCCAGCUCCCCCUGAUCCCAGCCGGAGGAUUCCCAGCAUGGCACUGCUCCAGGUUUCCUUUGGCCAACAACUAUGCAAGAAACCCUUCCCACGCAGCCCAACUCAGUCCCUGUCCCAGCACUGACCAAAUGAUGCUCCUGUUAAUAAAACUCUGCCCCUUUACUGGAGUCUGGGAGGCUUCUGGAUGCUGUGGGAGGCUGAUGCUGUUCAUCCUGGCUUCAGCUGUUUAUGGUCCUUGGUAAACCUGUUCRUAGGGAGUGGGGACUUACGCCUGGACUUGGCUGGGUCCAACUCAGAAUCUCUCCGAUACAAAUUCCUUGUCUUUCCAAGGAGCAAAAGCCAGAUUCUUGAUCUUCCAAAGCCAUCCAGGAGCCAGUCCCUGCUCUGCUGCUUCCACCUGAUGUCUCAAUCCUUGUACAGCUCAAAGCUGCUUCAGCCCGAGAUGUCAUCGAUGAAUCCAGUUUCUUGUGCUUGGAAAAUAAAAGCCUGGACUGGUCUGUGAUGGUUUUGUGCAGCAGAUCGUUGGAAUUCUUUGUGUGCUGCCUCAGCCCUGGCCAGCAGCAGCAGCAUUGCCUUUAAAUGCCUUUUUUUUUGUUUUGUUUGGAGGGCAGAUGGAUGCUCUGGGGAUCUGGGGCUGAGUCCAGGGAAGAAGCUGCCUUCUCCCAGUCCCCUUGGAGCUCCUUCCUGGGAAUACCUGUUUUGUACAUGCUGGCUUCUCUUCCCCGUGGCACACCUAGGAUACCAGAAACACAAAGCUUUUCUGUUUUCUCCUCAACUUACCAUACUCAGGAAGGUCCCAGCUUGAGAAAUUUGAUCCUGCUUCAGUUAGAUCCAUGAUCCAUGAGUGAUUCCUCUCCUUGUGGGAAGGCUGCAGCAGCCCAGUGCGAAGGUAAGGUGCCAAAAGGGAAAUUGAUGUGCAGGGUUAUCCCAGAUGGAACGCCCCAGCUGGCUUGUGGCUAAUCCCAGCUGCUCCUGGGGAAGCAGGAGGGCAGGGAGCAGCUGUCAGAGGGAAUUGCAGCUGCUCUGCUGCUUGGGAAUGGGAGCUCAGGGCAGGAAACAUCUGCCCAGCAGCUCCUGGCUCUGCGGCAGCUGGUGCUGGGUCUAGCCAAUGGAUUGUUUUUCAGUGGGAGAAGUGUCCUGGGGUGCUGUCCGGAGAAAGUCCAGUCUGGGAGGGUGAGAGUGAGGAAGGGAGGAGAAACACAAGCAGGGCUGGGCUUUAGGGAGGCUCUGUUUGGGUGCAGGUGGGAUUCUGAGUCCUCACAAUGCCAAACGAAAUGUGAAAAUGGGGGAGUAGAAGAGGAACAUUGCAAUGGUCCAGGGCCUUUCCAGGCCUCUUGCUGGGCAGAUCCCUCCCUCCCGCAUCUUUUGAAUGUGCUCAUUGACCUGCUUUGMCAGCUGGAGGUCUAGAACACAUGGGUGAGGUGGGAAUGGACUUUGGAGCAGGGCUUUGGAGCUGCUCUGUCUGCAGCAGCCUCCUCACCCGCUUAUCCCACAAAAAUGGGGUCUGUGCCUGGAAAAUCCUCAGUCCAGCUCCAGGCCUGUUUCUAAGCCAUAGUUUCUGUGCAGUGAAACCUGUAGCAAAAUGACCUGAUUCCUGUUGCUGAGUUGGUUCAUCGUGGUGCAGGAUACGAGGGACAUGUGGGACUGCUGCAGGGACGGAUGGGUCACUCCAYCCUAGGGUUGGUGCUUCCCUCACCUGUUGAGCUGUGCUCAGGAGAAGCUCCUGGCUGUUCCCUUCUGCUUUCAUUGAAUUUCUUUAAUUCCUGCAAGUUCAGCACCUUUUGGCUCCACACUGCCAGUGGGCAGGGACAGAUGGGAUAUUGGGGAGAAAUUCUUGGCUAUGAGGGUGGGGAGGCUCUGGAACAGGGUGCCCAGAGAAGCUGUGGCUGCCCCUGGAUCCCUGGCAGUGUCCAAGGCCAGAUUGGACCCUGGAGCUUGGAGCAUCCUGGGACGAUGGAAGGUGUCCCUGCCAUGGCAUGGGGUGGGAUGGGAUGGACUUUAAAGWACUUCCAAACCAAAYCAUUCUGUGAUUCAUCGAAACCUCUGUGCAGGGGAGGGAGUGAACUCUGGGUUUUUACUGGGAGCACUUUCUGCAGUGUCCCAACUCCACAGGGCUGUGUGGAAGAGGUUCCCCUUCCCCAGGGCACUUCCAGCUCCUGAGAAAGGCUUUACCCUGUCUAGUUCUUGCUCAUCCAUUGCUUUACUUAAGGAGGAGGAGCCGUGUGAUUCCCUUCAGCAGAGAUGGGGAUGCAGGACAGAGCUGGAGACAUCAUCCCCUGGAUGAUCUUCCCCGUGUUACCCGGGAGGACCUGGCGGGUUGCAGUAUCCUAUUUAUGGCCUUUGAUUUUGGGGACCUGUCAGGGGCUGUGGGAAGCUGGAAGGGCGGGAUGAGAGUGGGGGGAGCCACCUUUGGCCUCCCAGUGAGCUGAUUCCAUGGUUCUGUGGAAUAAUGCAGGGGUUUGAACUGGACACAAAAUGAGGAAUUUUAUUUAAAAGUGGAAUUGUUUUUUCCUGGUCUCCAGCUUGGGAAGAACGCGGGGGCAAUAAAGGGAAAAAGUGCGUUUGAGCCGUGCAAGAGGGCUGUGAGCCUGGCUAGAGCUGGCUCUGCACUUCUGUGGUGCGAAGCUGGAGCUGGGGCUGUGUCCGACAGGGAGCAGGGGGAUAUGGUCACUGCUUCCCUAAACACUGGGGCUGCUGCUGGGAGCCACAGGCUGUGCGGGGAAAUGAAAUUCGCACUGCAAAGGGAGAGAAAUUCCCUUCUUUAAUCUGGCGUUUCAGUGGGGUCUCGGGAGAGGGGCCGGGAGCAGCACGGCUGGGAUGGGAUGGGAUUAAAUAGCCUUUAAAGGUCCUUCCGACCCAAACCAUCUGUGAUUCCACCAUGGAUGAGCUGAGCGUCCUGYCUGCAGCAGCACUGGGUUCCCUCUACUUGCUCACAGCGCCCCACAUUAAUGUUUUCCCGAGGUUUUUGAGGAGCCUCCCGCAGCUCCGCGAAUCCUUCGUGCUGUAGGAAAGAGGUUUCUGUUUUGUUUCCCUCUUUUCCAGGCUGAAUUGCUGCCUGGGGGAGCGGCGGCUGGGGAGGUGCCCCGGGGCAAAGCGAGGGGCGCUGCUGGGGUUACAGCCCGCUGCCUCUCUUUGUGUGCUUUAUUUACAAUGUCCGAGGAAUGAUUUCCUGCCGCGGUGACGUGGAUUUCGGCGUGGAUUUCCUCUCCCCACUGUGAACUCGGGCCGGGCUGGGGACUUGAAAGUAAAACGAGGUUUUGUCUGGAGGGGAGGGAAACUUGGAGGUAGCGAYGAGCUGGUUCACAAAGAACAAAUGGGGAAAAAAAGAGCCUUCGGCACCAGAUGUAUUCAGAGACAAAGGCUUGGGUCGUGAACGCCCUGGGCUGGGCCAUGUCUGUGCUGAGGUCAAAGCAGCUCCUCGGCWGUGGAGAUAAGAGGGUCCUUUGGCAGCGGCUGCAGGAAGCACUUUGUGUCUGGGCUGAAUGCACACGGAAGCCGUGGGAAAUCAGGUCAGCAUGGAGAUGGCAUUGGUGCUGCAGUCACUCCCUACCUCCCGGGCUGGGCUACAGCAGGAGCGAAUCAUCCUGGGAUGGGAUGGGWUGGGUGGGAAAGGACCUUAAAGCCCCUCCAGUGCCACCCCUGCCAUGGCAGGGACACCUCCCACUGUCCCAGGCUGCUCCCAGCCCCAAUGUCCAGCCUGGCCUUGGGCACUGCCAGGGAUCCAGGGGCAGCCACAGCUUCUCUGGGCACCCUGUGCCAGGGCCUGCCCACCCUCACAGGGAAUUUCUCCCCAGUAUCUCAUCUGACUCUGUCCUCCUUCCGUUUGUGGCCGUUAAAGAAGAGCCAGGCAGUUUCAGAGUUGUCACUGUAGGGUGGUGCUGCCUGGGGAGCUGGAGCUCUCAGGUUUGGGGGAUUCUGSUGUUUUUUCCUGUGCCUCUCCCCAGCCUGGGGGAGGUGCUGGCAGAGCAGGCACGGGGAAAAGUAUCCCUGGAGCGUGUGGGAUGAUGCACCCUGCCUUUGGCACUGGAAAGACAAACUGCUCCUCCCUGGGGGAUGGGUUGGGUCUCUGCACCGACGCUUGGCCCCGCUCCUCUUCCCCCCAGGCCCCUGUUCCCUGGGCACACGAGGCUCACCUGGACCUGCCCUCAGCUGCAGGGAGGGAUCCGGUUGGGAUCCAUGGGAAGAGCACAGCUCUGCUGGAGCAGAAGCAGCUUCCUGAAUAUUCCUUUACUGGUGGGUCUUGGAGCAUCUUACAAAGCCUAAUGUCCACCAGGAUCUUGUAUAGUGGGGAAACUGAGGCACRGAGGCUUCARUUUGAGCACGUGUGGGCAGGGUCCUUGCCAGCUCCAUCUGCUCCCUCAGCCCUGGCAGCUGUGGUCAGCACAUCCCAAUUGCCCCAUCAAACCCCCUGAAUCAAGGACUCCCCCUAUGCUAAAAAAGCCUCUUUGCAGUGUCUCUUGUGUCUCCACCACUGCUCUCCCUCUCUGUGAAGGACCUGGGGCAAAGCRGGCUUUGCUCUCCUGUGUGACUUUAAAAACAGCCCAAACAAAUUGGAUUUUGGGAAGGAUGUGUCUGGAUCAGCUGUGUCCUUUAUGUGUGGGGAUACAAAGUUGUUUUAGUGACCACUGACUUCACUUGCUAGUAGGAGCUGCAGUGAACCCGUCAGCAAUACUCAUGCCAAAAUAGCGAGAUKUAAUUUUUAAUAAACAAUUUUGAGAAUAAAAAGCUGUAUGAGAAAUCUUCAAUACUUUGYUCCCCUUGUGCAGCAGAUUUUGUUUCCUCGCUCGGAGAGAAGUGUUGUGUCCUCAUCCAGGUCUUUCCACACUUUGUUCCUCUCCCCUGGAGCAAGUCCUGGGACGGACAGUGCAGGCACAGGUGCCUGGGGUGGUUUUUAGAGGCUGGGUUCUCCUGCUGCUGGGUUCUCCUGCUGCUGGGUUCUCCUGCUGGUAGCCAACCCCCUUGUCCAGGUGGGAGCACGGCCCUGGCCAGGCUCAGGGUGUCCAGCCCCUCUCCUGGAAGCACCAGGACAGGGAGCACGCUGGCAGAGGCACAGGGGCCUGGGGGGCUGAGGCUGUUUAGGAUAACUGGUGCCAGUCCCUCACAGUGAGGAGUUCCAGGACUGCUUGGCUCUCCCCAGACAGGGUGAGGCUGCUCUUUGCCCUGAUGCUGCUGGAGUUCUCCUUCUCCCGUCCACCCACCCACGAGCCCUCUCCUUUCCAGAAAGGCAGGGUGGCCCUUUUCCCACUGGCUCCAAGCCCAGCUCUCCCUGCUCACGCACACUGAGCUGCUUUCCCUGCUUCCUCCGUGGCAAGCGCAGCCUCCUGCCACUUCCAUCAGCCAUGUCCACUUCAAACUCCCUUUCAGAGGAAAUCUUGGAGCCACCUGCGGCAUUUCCUGUGACCCUGGCUUGGCUGGUUCAGCUCUGCUCUCCGAUGGCUGCUGCCAGAGGCAGGAUAAGCUUGGAGCUGCCUGGGGCUGUUUGGGACCAGAGAUGUCAAGAGCCCUGCUGUAGUCACCACGAUAGCUGGGACAGCAGAAGGUGGGAUGAGAGGUGGAGGAGAAGGGAUGGUUUGAGAGUGGAGGGGUUUGUAGUGUCUUGUUUGCUUUGGGUGAGAGCCCAAUGUGCUCCAGGGCCAAGUGCUGCAGAGCCAAGGCUCAGCUCAGCUCCCCACAUCCCUCCAUGGGCAAUGGGAGAGUGAGACCCURCAGCCCUGCCAGCGGGGGAUCAGCCCUGUGCCCCCUUUGGARGCUGCAGGAGGGUGCUCUCAGGCUUUGGAUGAGAUUUGGGAGGUUCUGGGAGAAUCCUCCUUUGUGUUUGGGGCUAGUCCAGGUGUUAGUGUGCAGGUGCCAGGGUGGCAYUGUGCUCUGUGGGGGUCGGAUCAGCCCCCUGGAUCAGGAGCCCACAAGAGACGGGGCUGGAGAGUGGGAAUGGCCAGACCCGGGGGUAUGGGGGGAUGUGGGCUCAGCCCCCAGCCUUUGCCAAGGGUGUGGAGGGCCAGCAGUCAGGCCUGGAAGCUGUGGCAGGGAUGGCAGGAGUGAGGAGCAGCCCCUGGGGUCUGGCUGUGCCCUAGGCUGGGGCUGGCAGUCCUGAACUCAGAGAGGAGGAGCAGCAGGGUCCCCUGGGAUCCCCUGGGAGCUGGUGGGUGCAGGGGAGCCCGAGGAGCAGGGCCAGGCUCAGGUCCUGGGGGUUCCUGCAGGAGCUGUCCCAYGGGAGAGGAAGGCACGGGGUGGAGAAGCAGGGACACCUUCCCUUGGGACUCGCCCAGCGGUGCGUGGGGGCAGCAGCUGUGCAGCCCUUGGAGGUGCUGGGGGUGCAAGAUGAGCAGGAGUCUUUGCUGGACUCUGGAGCUCUGGGGCACCCCAACUGUSCCAGGCUGUGUCCUGUGUGCCAAGGGGCCAAACUUGUGCUGGGUACAGACUUUAUUCCAUCCUCAAGGGAGCCCCACUACCGCUCUGCCUGUGAAUACCCAGAAAAGGGUAUAGAAAAGGGGGCUGUGCCCAGCCCCCGGGCCCGUGGGCACAGCUGGGCCCCACUCUGCCCUGCCUGAACCCACCUUUGGCCUCUGGGGUGGCCUCUGUCACCCCGGGGUUGGUUUGGUCCCUCCAAGUCCUGCUGGUGACUGCUGGGCUCACCUGGAGCUGGAAUCCCACAGGGAUUGCCGGGCUGGAGGUGUGAGGAGGUGGGGACUGCGCUGUCCAUGAGRGCUGAGGGGACAGAAUCCCCGCGGCCAGAGGUGCCUGGUCAGUGGCCAUGCUGAGCCCCUGGCCUGCCUCAGCCUGGCUCGGUCACCACGUGCCCCAGUGCCACGUGCCAGGUGUGGUGCCGGGAUGGCGGCUGCUCCGGUGUCACGGUCCUGCCCUUUGGCCUCCCUGCAACCAUUGCUGACAUCGCCCCAGGCUUCUGAUCCAAACUGAAACUCCUUCCUUCCCCUCCAGAGGCUGACACUGCAYCUGCCCCAUCCCUGUGAGCUCUGCCCCRGAGGUGUCCCAGGGGUGCUUCCAGYYCUGAGACCCUGGCACCCACACCCCUGCCCAAAGUAGGGUCAGUCUCAUAGGGGUCACCCUGCCACAGGGACACUUUGUCUUGCAGUGACAGGUGUGGCCCUGGUGCCUCUCCUGCUGCAGGGAGCCAUUGGGAGGUGAUGUGUCACCAGGGCUGGGAUGUCCCCUGCAGGUCCUUGGAGCCCCUUGUGGUUCACUGGCUUCCUCCCAGCUGGAGAAUGGCACCGAGCCCAGCGAGUCCCUGCGGGCAGCCACCUUUGUGCCCUUCUUGGCUCAUCCCGCACCGCGAGGGCCAACCCUGUGCCACCCUCAGGCCAUYGGUUGCUGUCCAGGGGCCAUUGGGAGCGGUGGGAGCGGAGGGGAUGUCACAGGUCGAGCCGGAAGGCCCCGAAGUAACUGGCUGCUGCAUCGUUGUAGUCGAUGGCCAAGGAGGAGACGGAGACAAAGAGCUCAUCGCCGGCCUUGAGCUCGAAGAGUCCGCCCUGGUAGAGCGCGUG